UUAUCAUCCACCCCCACCUUUUCUCUCUGAAUUCCUCUUGGCCACAGGAAUUUGGAGAGUCUGCUUCAGUAAAUAGAGCAACAUAAACUUAAUCAAAGUGAAAAUGGACUACACCAUGAUUUUUAUAAUAGUGCUUCUUUCUUCUACAUCAGCAUAUGCUCAAACUGCUGUAUCUCCAUCUCUAAGCCCGACUCCUGCGCCAGCCCCGGCUCCAGAUUUCGUAAACCUCACAGAUUUACUUACUGUGGCUGGUCCAUUCGACACCUUCCUUAACUACCUUGAGUCCACCAAAGUCUUACAAACUUUCCAAAACCAGGCCAACAACACUGAAGAAGGAAUCACCAUCUUUGUACCAAAAGAUGGAGCCUUCUCAUCUCUCAAAAAGCCCUCUCUCUCCAACCUCACUAGCGACCAGCUUAAAUCGCUCUUCCUUUUCCAUGCCUUGCCACAUUACUACACUCUAGCAGACUUCAAGAACCUGAGCCAAAUGAGCCCUGUUAGCACAUUUGCUGGUGGAUCAUAUACUUUGAAUUUUACAGAUGUGUUUGGGACUAUCCACCUCGGUACAGGAUGGACUAACACAAAAGUGAGUAGUAGUGUGCAUUCGACUGAUCCAGUUGCAGUUUAUCAGAUUGACAAGGUUCUUCUUCCGGAAGCAAUCUUUGGCACCGAUAUACCUCCAACCCCUGCUCCAGUACCAGCUCCUGAUAUUGCCCCAGCUGCAGAUACUGUAUUGGAGAAAGGUGGAAGCGGGUCAUCUCCAACAUCUUCGCAUCCAUCAACUUCUUGUAGGAUUGUCGGCUUCGGUAUUUUGAAUCACCUAAUUUUGGCAAUCUCAGGUGGACUGUUCUUGUUCUUAUUCACGAUACUUGCAGUACUCAUCUCCAAAGAGGCCUUUGUUUCUGAUCUGGCCAGCCCUCCGUUCCACUGA